CGUUUUGGAGAGAGAAGCUGAAUGUAGAGCCUGUUAACGUGUUUCCCUUUUCUGUACGGCAAUCAACAGGGGAAGCCCAACAUCGUCAUCGUCUUCGCCGUCUUCUUCUUCCUCUCGCUCCGCAUCAAUACGUUCAGAUCGUUGGAGUGUCGAGAUCUCUGCUGGAAAUUCAAAUUUGUUCAGCAUUUCCACCAGAUUCUGAUUCUAAAAAAAUUGUCGAAUCCAUGGGAUCGUUCCCAAACUUCCGCAAAGCCUAUGGAGCUCUCAAGGAUUCCACCACCGUUGGCCUCGCCAAGGUCAACAGCGAAUUCAAGGAUUUGGAUGUUGCCGUCGUCAAGGCCACAAAUCACGUGGAAUGUCCUCCGAAAGAACGCCAUGUCCGCAAAAUAUUUUCAGCGGUAUCUGAAGUACAACCACGAGCAGAUGUAGCUUACUGCAUUCACGCACUCUCCAAGAGAUUGUCCAAGAGUCGAAACUGGAUCGUUGCCAUCAAGGUGUUAAUAGUGAUUCACAGAACACUCAGAGAAGGUGAUCCUACAUUCAGAAAAGAGCUUCUGAACUAUUCACACAGAGGACAUUUACUCCGAAUUUCUAACUUCAAAGACGAUUCAAGCCCUCUAGCCUGGGACUGCUCAGCGUGGGUUAGGACAUACGCUCUCUUUCUAGAGGAGAGGCUUGAGUGUUAUCGGGUCUUGAAUUACGACAUCGAGGCAGAGCUUUUGCAGAAGUCCUCGGGUGCAUCCAUGCAGACAUAUAGAACGCGGAUGCUAUCUGGUGAAGAAGUGCUAGAUCAGUUACCUGCGUUACAACAGCUGCUUUUCCGGCUUGUCGGCUGUCAGCCUGAAGGAGCAGCCUAUAGCAACUAUCUAAUCCAAUACGCACUCACGUUGGUGCUUAAAGAAAGCUUCAAAAUAUACUGUGCAAUCAAUGACGGUAUAAUUAAUCUUGUAGACAUGUUCUUCGAGAUGUCAAAGCAUGAUGCAGUUAAAGCUCUCAAUAUAUACAAAAGGGCUGGUCAACAGGCCGAAAAUCUGGCCGAGUUCUAUGAGUACUGCAAAGGGUUAGAGCUUGCGAGGAACUUUCAGUUUCCAAUGUUGAGACAGCCUCCUCCGUCUUUCCUCACGACAAUGGAAGAGUACGUUAAAGAGGCUCCUCAAAGUGGUUACGUUCAGAAAACGCUGGAAUACGUGGAAAAAGAGGAAGAGGAAGAAGAACAAGAAGAAGAACAACCUGCACAGCCCGAAGAAGAAGAAACUGAAAAUAACGAAGACGGUAAGCCGCUAAUAGAAGAAGAGGGGCCUGAAGAAGAAAAAGAAGAGAAAGAGGAAGAGACCAAACCGUCAAACUUGAUAGACACGGAUGACCUACUUGGUCUGAGUGAAAUAAACCCAAAAGCUGCAGAGAUAGAGGAAAGUAAUGCAUUGGCUCUCGCAAUAUACCCACCGGGACAUGAGCCUUCAGGUCCGUCUAACAGUCUGAGCUUAGUAGAAACCGGAGGGAAUGGAUGGGAACUGGCACUGGUCACCCCUCAGGACAAAAACAGCAACAGAGUUCCUCGCCCUUCGGUUGAAACCAAACUUGCAGGAGGAUUCGACAAGCUUUUGUUAGAAAGUUUGUACGAGGACGAAGCAGCAAGGAGACAGAUCCAACUAACCAACGCAGGGUACGGACAUGCAGAAGAAGCUCUUAUGAACCCCUUCGAGAUGCAGAGAGAUCCGUUCGCGAUGUCGAACGGCAUUUCACCUCCGACAAACGUUCAGAUGGCUGCGUUGUCGCAGCAGCAGCAACAAAUGACGAUGAUGCAACAUCAGUAUGCGUACAAUUACCCUUCACAUCAUCAGUUCCCUAACACUUCAGAUUCAUCUCCUAAUCCCUUCGGUGACCCUUUCCUUGCGCUUCAGCCUCCUCAACACCACGAAAGCAGUCGUCAUCAUAUGCUUCUCUAGACUCUCUUUAUAUAUAUAUAUAUAUAUUUCAUUAUUCGUUCUUUAAUUGGAUUGUUAUUCAAUCAGGGUUAUAUUGUUUA